GAGGCGCUGCAGGAAAAUGGCGGCAUCGAAUAACCCGCGGAAAUUCAGCGAAAAGAUCGCGCUCCACACCCAGAAACAGGCCGAGGAGACGGCCGCCUUCGAGGAGGUGAUGAAGGACCUGAGUAUCACCCGGGCAGCAAGGUUACAGUUGCAGAAAUCUCAGUAUUUACAGUUGGGACAGGGUCGGGGUCAGUACUAUGGAGGCUCCCUUCCCAACGUCAACCAGAUUGGGAGCACCACUCUGGACCUCCCUUUUCAGACUCCGUUCCAGUCCUCUACCUUGGAUACUAGUAGAUCAACCAGGCAUCACGGCUUGGUUGACCGGGUCUACAGGGAUCGAAAUCGACUGGGAUCACCACACCGCCGUGCCAUUCCUAUUGACAAACAUGGGCGCCAGGCAGACAGCUGUCCAUAUGGUUCGGUCUAUCUGUCGCCCCCAGCUGACACCAGCUGGCGAAGGACCAAUUCAGAUUCUGCUCUGCACCAGAGCACGAUGAAUCCCACUGCACAGGAUCCAUUUAAUGGGGGUUCCCAAGAAACACAAGAGCAGCACAAGCGAGUGUUAUUACUAACGGUUCCUGGGAUGGAAGAGACUACGUCUGAGACUGAUAAAUCACUAUCCAAACCGCUGUGGGACAACAAAAAGUCUGUAUCCUCACGGCCUAAAUCAUGUGAAGUCCCAGGGAUCAAUAUUUUCCCAUCUGCAGACCAGGAAAGUACCACAACACUGAUGCCUGUUGCUCAUAACACUGGAGGAUCCCUGCCAGAUCUCACAACCAUUCAUUUCCCACCACCUCUUCCUACUCCACUAGAUCCAGAGGAGUCUACGUUUCCACCCUUGAGCAGUGCAAACAGCACUGGAAAUCUGGCAGCAAAUAUGAACCAUCUAGGCCUCAAUAGCAGCAGCCAGGGUCUGACAUCAUCACAGGGGUCACUGACAGGGUCUCUCCAGAACCGGCAAUCAACCGUGACACCCCUCUCUUUACCAGUCAGCACAGACUCACGGAGACAACAGCAACAACUUCAGCUAUCACCAGCUCUCUCCCCACUCUCUCCAAUCACACAGGCAGUUGCUAUGGAUGCAUUGGCAUUGGAGCAGCAACUUCCUGCAUAUCGAUUUUUCACGCAGCAGACUACACAGCCACAGUCUCAGAGUUCCAGUAACCUAGCUCAGAGCUCACAGUCACAGCAGCAAAGUUCUGGCCAACAACAGACAGCUACAAUGCCACAAUCCCCUCCAAUGAACCAAACGCAGGCACCAAUAGGAAUGGAUAUUAACACGGCUUCCCUCCAUCAGUACCGCAGUAAUGCUGGAUCUCCAGCCAACCAGUCUCCCACCUCCCCUGGAUCCAAUCAAGGCUUCUCUCCAGGCAGCUCCCCUCAAACAUCCAUACUUGGCAGUGUUUUUGGAGAUUAUUAUGAUCAGCAGCUUACAAACAGACAGGCCAACUCCCUGUCUCAUCAGCUUGAACAAUUCAAUAUGAUUGAGAGCCCGAGCAGCACCAAUAGCUUGUACAGCCAAAUCUCAACUUUGAACUACUCGCAAGCAGCAAUGAUGGGGCUGACGGGGAGUCAUGGAAGUCUGCAGGACUCACAGCUCAGUUAUACCAAUCACGGAAAUAUCCCCAACAUCAUUCUGACUGUGACAGGAGAGUCUCCCCCCAGCCUGUCAAAGGAGCUGACCAAUUCGCUUGCAGGUGUUGCAGAUGUGACCUUUGACACCGACUCCCAAUUUCCUCUUGAUGAACUGAAAAUUGACCCCUUGACAUUGGAUGGUCUGCACAUGCUGAAUGAUCCAGACAUGGUGCUGACGGACCCUGCUACAGAGGAUACUUUCCGCAUGGAUCGUCUGUAGAAAAGGACUUUGAGACCUAAGAGAAAUCGGGGAAGCAGGCCAAAAACCCGCCAGGGAGCGAAAAUUAAGUGAAUGAGUACAAUUAAUGGAAUGAUAUUAAAGUGAGAGCGUAACGUGCAAUGAAUUCCGCUUCUUGUUCCAAGCUUGCAACUCUGCGAUCCUGAAUGAACCAAGUAUAGCGCUUUCAGCUAUGUGGCGCACUCCUUCAUUGCAGCGUUUCAUUGACUCCAUCACAUCCCCGGGCCUCUUGUUUUAUUUUCCGUUCUCCUAUUUAUAUUGUCCUCAUGGUAACGGUGGGCUGUCAGUGCAUCGUUAUUUUUGGCAGGUUUACGUGUAAUUUGGAGUCUACGUAUGAGGUAACAACUGACAGUAAAACUCGGCAGCUCCAGGCCAGCAGUACGGUGAUGUUAUUAUUUGUCCUGAAGUCACCAGCUCCACUUCUUUCGGUGCGCUGUUGCCAUUGUAUUUUCUGUGCUGCUUGAUUCUUAUUUAUAUUUUUAUAUUUGUCUGUGAUUUCUUUCUCUUGCCCCAUUCCUUUUCACUGUGCUUGUGUUCAGCAAAAGCCACUGCCUUGUUGUAUGUUGCUAAGAAAGUGAACAAGAGACUGAUCUGACACAAGAGCUAAGUGCAUGGACAGAAAUUGUAUUACAGCCAAUAUUUAGAGGGGCACGCAUUCUUGCUCCUGUUUGUGUCCCUUUCAUUUAUGUUUUUCCAUCAGAUUUUAAAGAAGAAUGUUGACAAUGUGUGCCGGUCGGGGAGUAGUUUGCUGCCAGCUCCUUCCACGAGAAACCAAAUGUUCUCACCUCCCUCCGAUCAGCUGUUCCGGUUCUCAGUCAGUCCCACCACCAAUGUCAAACUUCAGAUGGCUCUAUAAACGCCCUCUCUCCAGCAGACACCUAUCCCUUCUCCGCAAUGUUUGUGAAGUAUAUGUGCUGUUAUGCUGCUUAAAUGCCUCUCCUUAUGUGGCAUUCAUUCAUUCUCAGUCCCUACAGCCAGCCAUUGUGUGGCCAACAACACACACUAUAUCUCACAGUUAUCUCUGACCACUGAAUUGAGAGAGAAGGCAGAAAUACUCAUUUGAUAUUCCUUAGGAAGGAAAGACUCAAUGCCAGCUGCUGGAGGGAUGUGCGAUAAUCAUACUGCCCAACAGUGGACCUGCGUAGUUUUUCACCAUCUUUGCUGCCAUUUUUAGUCGUAAGUGUAGAGAGAGCGAGCUGUCACUAUCACUACAUGCUGUGGAAUCUGUUCCCAGUGCAUCCACUACAAGUCAGGACUCUCAAACCUUACCUGCACAAGUUAAUUAACUUUCACAACAGAAUCACAUUUAAGUUCAAGACACUAAGCUGGUACUGAUCUGUGUAGCUGCAUGUCAUUUCUGGCAAACUUGGUCCCACUAAUGUUUUAUGAAAAGAACACUAAAUGGCUACUGUAUCCUACAGACUUCAUAUAAAGUCCUGAGAAUAUUUUAGCUGCAUUUUCUGAUCAGAAGAAUGAUGUAGCAAGAUCUGUCAGUACUAACAACAUACUCUGGAGCACAUGUUGAACAGCAAGCAAUUAGGAAUGCAAAUUGCAAAGGGAUUGGUGUACAUAUUGAGAAAUCUUUGCUGCAAUUGUGUAGGGUAUUAUUAAGGGUAUGCCUGGAAAAGUAUGCACGGUUUUGGUCGCCAUAUUAAAAAACAAUGUGCUUGCAUUGUAGAAAACGUAGAGAAAGUUUACUGUACUGGUUCCUGGAUUUGAAAAGUUUGUCCAGUUAUGAGAAGCUGAAUUGAAUGAACUUAUUUUCUCUGGAAUCUAGAAGCGUGAGAGAUGAUUUAAUUGAAACUUGCGAGAUUUUGAAGUUCCUUGAUAGGUUUGACUCUGAAAAGUUGUUUCUCCCUGAGUGGGAAAGCUAGAACAGAGGGGAACAGUUUCAGGAAACAAUGCUAAACAUUUAGGACUUAAAUGAGGAAUUUCUUCCUGCUGACGGUUGGGGAUUUCCAACGGUUGUUGCUUCUCUAUUAAAUGUGCUCAAGAAGGUAGACAGAUUUUUUGAGGAUUUGUACAUAGGGAGAGAGUGGAAAAGUGGAAUUGAGACAUAAAUUUGGAUAUGAAUCUUGAUGGACCAUGUGAUCUGAUGCUGUUCUGACUUGUGACUCCUGCUGUCUUCCUCUGUCCUAGCCCUGAUGAAACACAUGCAUGCACCUCACACAUAUUUCAACAUAUUUGUGUUAAUCUUCUGUCUCUGUAGUUGCAGCACUCUAGAAUACAUUCAACCUGCUAAAUGGAAGUUAUUUUUCUUGAAUAACUAUAUAUCCUGUCACGUAGGGAGUUCAGAACUAAACAACAAAAACUCACGAGAUAGCCUUACUAUUCAGCGUGAUGUCAGGAAGCACUUAUUCACACGAAGGGGAAUGGAAAUCUGAAACACUCUCCCCUCAAAUCAUUUGAAGCUUUCUGGACUGAGGUUGAUCUGUAAUUGAGCCAGUGUAUCAAGAUGUCUGGGAAAUAGAUUUGAGAUAUUGAUCAGCCAUUGCUUUUUCCUUACUGGGGUGUAAACAACAGAAUAACCUUGAGGGGCUGAAUGACCAUCUGCUGUUCUAGUGUUCCCACAUGAGCACAGGGCAGGUUUUGAAGUUUUGAUAGCUGUGCCUGGAUCAACAUUGUGAUAACAAGAUUGUUCAGUUGCACCUACGCAACAGCUGAUCUCCUGAGAGUCCAGUGCCCUGUGUAUUUUGUGUAGAAGCCUUAGUGUAUUGAAUAUUCCUACCUUGAGACAAUAUCUAGAAACAAACACGGAGCCCAUUGGUUUACUACCUUGUUCCAGUCAGGAGAAUUUUCCCAUCCUGGGUAUGAAUGUCCAGGCCUCUGCUGGUACCUGCCAACACAAUACUGCAGCUGUAGGAGAUGGCAGCAUGUGCUUCUGUGUGUCUGCAUGCUUCCUGGUGCUCGGGCCAUCCUUGGAAUGUUGAGUGAAGUCUGUAAUCACAGCCAGUACUACCCUGAACUUGUUAUUGUGCAGAAUGUGUAUUUUAUUUUAGAAGUUUGGUAGUUGCCUCAUUUGAUAUCAGUAAAGUGUUAAUUCAGAACUUUGUAAUGGGGUAAAUCUAAGCAGUCUGUAUCAUGAGAGAUCUUGAACUUACAUUUUCUUAGUUAAAAUAAAUUAGGUUAAUAGUUCAUUAAUCAUUUAAUAUAGCUUAUCAAUUAAUUUAGUUCCACAUUUGAAAUGUUGGUGGGUCUGCGUUCCCACUUGAUGUCCGAAAUUAGGAGUAUGAGGCAUAGGUUAGGGAAAAGAUAUGAAAAGGUUGAUAACAUGUUAUACAGAAGUAAAGUCUCUAAUCUUUAUAUUUCCUAUCAUUUCUAACACUGCAAGCCGACCAUGUGCAUCCCCUUUAUGAAUUGUAUCUGUUCAUCUCUUUAAUGUUUUCCCACUGUACUUCCCUUGCUACUAAGAGUCUAAAUCAGUGAGAGUUGUUGAAUAUAAAGUUCCUGUUUAAUUCACUUCUUUAGAACCAGAUUCUCCUUAGUUUUAUUUGCAAAUGUGUUGACAGCUAGGACAGGUAUAUCAGGAAUACAGUCUUAAUGAAGCGCUGCAUUACUCAUACACCUGUGCAUGUUUUAUUUGUGGUGUAUUUUUGGAAAGCUGUUGGUUGUCUUGCUGGGAUUAGUGAGGGUGUUAAUCCAGAGUCGUGUAUUCUUAUUCCUUGAUGCUCUUGUGCAAGCAACAUACACAAAAACUUGUUUUGAUUGCUGCUGCUAUAGUAGUCAUUUUGGCUCUUGUUCCCUAAUUUCUUGCUCCUGCAGAUCCUGAGGUUGAGCAGCCUGGAAAGAGAGAGAGAUUCCAGACAUUUUGCGUAUAGUGAGUUGGAUUUUGUCUGCAGUGUGUUAGUUAUUGAUACAGCGCAGAAUGGAUUUUCUUCUAAGAGAAUGUUGCCCAUGUGGAGAGGUUGGUCUUGUUUUCACACCUUUUUCUUCUGCCUAAAUCCUGAGUUUGGAGAAUCUGAGAGAUCUUUCCAGAAAUGUGAAUGUGUUCGAGUGAAUGCAAACAAAUCAUAAGAAUUGCGCAAAAUCAGAGCCCAUUUGUUAUGAAUAAUGAGCUAGUAUAGUGCAUUUAGGCUGACAGGCUUUUGGUGCAAUGGGGAGAUGACAUACAACUAAGUUGCAUAAUUCAAAAUAAUCUUGAUGUGCAAAAACUUUUCUCAGAAAUUCUUCUUGGUCCAUCUUCAGAGAGCGAUUUGGUGAGAGUAAAGUCGCUGGUGUUUGUGAAAGAUGGCUGAGAUUGUGAUGUGGAGAAGUUGGAGAUUUCCGAAGCCCGUACUGUUAAGGGAGGAGGAAGAACUAGACUUGCAGACUUAAUCAGGAGUUAAGAGGUUAAUUCAAUGGCAUUAUUGGAGGUAUAAUAUCUAUAAUCAAAGGGAAUAUUGUAGUUAAUCAAACUGCCAUGCACACAGUUGUUGAUGUUAAGAAGACCGUAAGGGAUAAGAACAGAAAUAGGCCAUUCAGUCCCUUGAGCCUGUUCUGCUGAUCCAACAUUCCUCAAGUCCACUUUAAUGCAUUUUCCCAUAACCUUUUUAUUUCCCCUUGCUGAUCAAGAAUUUAUGUUGAUCUUAAGUAAACAGAAGGACUCUGCACCCACAGCUGUCUGUGGCAAGGGGUUCUAAAGACACACAAUCCCCUUACAGAAGAAAUUCCACCUCACUUAAGACAAAUUGACGCUCUUUUGUUGUGAGACUAUGCCCUCUGGUCCUAGACUCUCCCACAAGGGGAAACAUCCUCUCAGCAUCUACCCUGUAAAGCCACUGAAGAAUCAGAUAUGUUUCAGUGAGAUCACCUCUCAUUUUUCUAAACUCAUUUUCUAAAGUGAGUAGAAUCCCAAUUUGUUUAACCUUUGCUCAGAAGACAAUCCAUCUCCAUCAUGGCCCAUCCAAGUGAACCUUCCCUGAACUCCCUCCCUUGAAAUGAUAUCUUUCCUUAAAUAAUAUAUUUGGUGUAUUCUAUACGGGUCUUAACAUAAGAGCUAGGGAACAGUAGUGAUUGGGGCAGGAGAUGUCUGGAGGAGGGUUGAGUAAGAACAGUAACAACGAGCAACUCUGUCUGAAAGUGGUGGAAGCAAAAAUGAAGCUAUUCCCCAGACCUUUAUGUUAAUGAUUUAGGUGUGCCGUGCAUAAUUACAAAAUUGUAGUUGACAUGAAAAUCAGAAAUGCUGCAAACAAUCAGAUGGGUAGUAACUGAGGAAGGUGAAAUGAGACAACACGUGGCAGAUUAAAUCCAAUGCACAGAAGUAUGAAGGAAGAGUGCAAAAUAAAGGCCAGAAUGUAUUUUUACACAAUUCUUUAAAGGUGACAGAGCAAGUUUGUUAUAGGAAAGAAUAUCUGGGUCUUUGGCGUUGUUAAUAAUGGAGCACGGAUGCCAUGGGGUCAUGCUAAAAUGAUAUAAACCAAUUGUUAGGCCCUAGUGGGGGGAGCAUGUUAGAUUUUGGACCCUGCACUUUAGGAAGGAUACCUAAACCUUGUCAAGGAAUUACAGAUGAUUUACAUGAAUGGUACCGGAAAUGAGGGACUUCAGUAGUUAAUGUGGAGAGACUAGGAUUGUGCAGAGGAGAUGAGGAGAAGACUUGAUAUAAAUGUUCAAAAUUAUGAAUGAUUUGAUCAGAGUAAAUAAGGAAAAAACUGUAUCCAGUGGCAGAAAGAAGCUCACAUCACUUUGAUAACCAACAACAGUCAACAUGAAUUUCAAAAGGGAAUACUCUUACUAAAUGAAUUUAUUGAGCAAGUCGUAGAGAGUAGAUGAUGGUAGUCAACGGAUUGAUUUAUCUGGAUUUGCAAAAAGUAUUUGGUAAGAAACUAAUUAAUAAUUUCCAAACAUGUGGACAAGUGGCAGAAUAGAUUCAGUACAAGCUCAGAGUGGGAGUAACAGGUAAUUAUUCAAAGUAACAUUCGACAAGGAUCAGUUCUGAAAGCACUGUUCACAAUUUCCAUUAACAUUUAUAUCUAGAACUAGGGAUCAAAGCUUAAAAAUAAGCAGUCAGCCAUUUAAGAUAGGUGAAGCAUUUUUUUCUCAGAGGGCUGAGAGUCUUUGAAAAUCCCUUUCCCAAAAGGGAGUGGAUGCCGAAUGUUUAAAUAUGUUUGAAGGCAUGGAUAGGUAGAUUCUUGAUUCCCAAAAAGAUGAAAUAUUACUGGCAAUAUGUAAGAUUGAGGCUAAAAUCAGAUCAGCCACAAUCUUCUUGGAUGGUACAGCACCUCAGAUGCUGGAGAUAGAGUCGUGUGUGUGUUGCUGGACCACACCAGCACCCCACACUCGAAUCAGAAAGUUAAAUGGCCUACUCUUGGUCCUUGUUUUGUAUGUGAACACUUUGGACUUCGAAAUCAAAAAUACAACUUCCAGAUUUGUGGCUGACUCCAACUAAAAGGAAUACUUGGAGGCGGGGGGGGGGUGGUUAAAACAUUACAUUGGGCUUUAACAAAAAUAUCAAGUAGGAAAUUAUUGGCAAAUGAAGUUUGUUGCAGUUAAAUGAUAAGUAUAUUUUGGUAGGAAGGAUUGGGAGGUGACUUAUUACUUGGAAGGUGGAAGUCAAUGUUGGCAGAGGAACAAAAGAUCUUGAAAUGCCAAGAUACCCGUCACCAAAAGAUGGUGCUACAGGGGGCAAGGCUAUAUUAAAAACGAGUUCCUCUUCUAGAGGAUAGAAUUGAAAAGUCAUGAAUUUAAUGCUAAAUCUAUUUUGAACUUAGUUCAUCUGAGUGUACUGUGGACAGGUCUGAUCACCAUGUAAUGAAAGCAAUACAAUGGCAUUGUAGAGGUUGCAAAAUGGAUUUCCAAGCUUGGUGCCAGCAAGUGACAUUUUGCAAAUCAGGAAAGUAUUGACAGUUGGGGUUAAAAGGCCAAGUAGUGACCUAAUCGAGGUUUUUGAAUGAUGAAAGGUUUCGGUGAGUGGAUCCAGAGAGAAUGUCCCUUCCUAUUGGAAAUAGGAGCACUGGAGACUGUCAAGUUAAGCAAUCUAAUAGGGAAUGCAGAAGAAUCAUCACCCAGAGAGUGGAAAGAAUGGGGAGCCAUUUGAAGCAGUUGUUGAAGCCAAUAUGGGAAGUUGGACAAACAAAUGAAAGAUAAAGAAAUUGAGUAGGAUAUAUUUAGAUGAGAAAAGGUCGGAAGUGACUUGAGUGAAGCUGAAACACAAGCAUAGAUUGUUUGGGACAAAUUAUCUGUUUCUGUGACAUGUUUAAUGUGUAAUGUAGAGUAGACAGUAAAUGCUAAUCUUGCCAGACUUAACUAUCGAACUUUUUUUUAAAGAAUUGUCAGUAACCAGAGGAUAUAGAUUUGAGGCAAAGAACCAGUGGUGACAAUGAGGAAACAUCAUGCCAUGCAACGAAUUCAAAAAUUAACAUGUUAAACAUAAAAGGAAAUAGAUUACAGGGAAAAUGGGAAAGAGAAGGAAUGGAAUUAAUCAAAAAGACUGCCAACCAGGUAAGGUGGGCUUAAUGGUUUAGUGUGCUGCACCGUGGUCGCAAAAUUAUCAGGUUGCCUGCUGAUGUAGUCCGUGUAAUCAGCAUUAACUUGCCUAUCCCAUCCAUCAAAGGUAGACUGAUAUGUCAUUCAUUCAGGCUUUUCUCAACUCUUACUCCAUACCCACCCAGCUAUGGCAUGUGUACCACACUGCUUCCAGUGACUGGUGUAGUCAGACAUUAGCUGGACUUCUGUUUCUUCAAAGCUGUAUCAUGUUGAGUGAAGGUUUGCUUUUGAGAUUGUUGGAUGCUACCCAGAAAAUUCUAGGUCAAAGAUUGCAGUUGUGUAUUUUUCUACUUGAGUAAUUUCUGUGCAUCCACUGCCGGGAAUGAUACCAUAUAGCAUACAUGAAACUGCACUGCCCAGGGUUCUUCUAUGCAAGGUACAGUGCCUUACAGUGCAUUACCAUGCAGUGCAAGAGCUAUUACUGGUAUGACCCAUGCAACACCAGGAAGAGCCAAGUGUGCCUUUAACUUGGAAGCUGUGGAUUAUACCAGGGUAUUCUGUUACAGAAAGUGGUUAAUUUCUCACCCUGCCUAUGGCAUUUUUUGGGUUUGCUUUAUAUUGCGUUCAUGACAAAGCUGAUGUAUGUCGCUGAUUUUUUGUUCAGUUUAAAGCUAUUCUUGUAUUUCUUUGAUCUGAAAGGAUCAUUGUAAAUUAAGGAGCCUUGCCCAUGAAACUAUUCUUACUACAGUCCUCAGUCACUAUUAGAAAUCCAUAAUGCAGUUCUUCACAUUGAAUACUAAACUAUUUUGCUUCAAUAUGUUGAAAUUGGAAAAGAUUCUUGUGCUGUAAUCCCUCUGAAAUUUUCUGGGCGUAUUUUAAAUCCUGCUUAGAGGAUUACACCUAAAGAGUCAGGGUGCAACAUUGAACAGAAGAAUUAAAAUAAUUUGGUGUUUCUUUUUGAUUGAGUUUUUACGUUAGAUUUUGGGCUAUGAGGUCAUUUACAGUUGGUCUAGACUUGAGAAAGUAAAGUUUUCUCCUCAUCUCCAUUUCAUAAGAAAAUGUGGCAUUUGUACCAAAAUUUCUCUCCAGAAAUUCAGAUCUUUGUGAAUGGAUGUUUAUGAAAAUGGACCGGAAACAGUACAAACCUCACACAGAUGCUCAGGUAAUAGAAAACAGCUCAUUGAUGUCAAACUUCUUCGCCUUAACUCUAGUUGUAUUCUUUAUUUUAACCUUUUUUAACUAUCUUUACUUUCAAGAGUCCACAUAGUCAUUUUUAUGCUAAGAAAUUUCACAAUAAGGUGAAUGUUCAUUGAGGACCUCCUAUAAUCUCAUCACCCUGAAGUAAUUGACCAUUGCUGAGAGAAAGAGACCUGCUGUCAAAACUUUUCAUUUUGAUUUGUGAAUGCCAAAUUUUUAAUAGGAACAAUUUAUGCUGCAUGAGGAAGGGGGCAAUCAACAGAUUGCUGUGGAGAAUGCAUUAUUAUCCCUACACCUUUCCUUAAUUUAUUAAGAGGUGCAAUGCCUAGGUUUGUUCAUUUUUCCUGAUGAGUACAGGAUGAGAAGCUUUGACAGUAUGUUGCUUUUUCAACAGUACUUGAGCACUGUAUAACAAAGUGAUAAUUGAACAAAGUGAUUAUUCAAGUUAGGAUACACUUGUUUGACUUGGAGAUAACCUCUCCAUCUUCCAAAUUAGUAGGUAUACACACCAAAGCUUGAGCACACACACACUCAAAAAAUUAAUUGGCAGCAAAGCUUUUCUUUCCAUAGAAAUGCAGCAAAGCAGCUUCCCCAAGGAUGUCAUUUUAAUCAGAUUCAGCCCAUGAAUCUGUCAACAUUUAUUUAUUUUUCUGAUGUCUUGGUUUUUUAUAAAUAAACUUGGAAAUUUUGAAGUGGAUUUCAGGUAUAAUGCAAACCAUAACUUGUACUGACUGACCGUCAAAGGAUCUUCAUUUUAACUUGUAAAUGUUUUUUAAAGUUUAUGUUUGUGUGAGGCUUCUGUCUUUGUAAAUGAAAUGUAAUUAAAGUU